AUGACAUCAUAAAACGCCACAGGAAGGAGCAAACAGAUGCCGGCGCCGUGGGGAACAGGCAAAGGCAGCAGGUCAAGAACAGGAAUUCGGCGUACGGGUAUGGGCGGCCCCGUUUCUGCGCCUGGAUGCAGAGGAAUUUGCAAGGACCUAACCGUUUUAGAAGAGGGUUUGGACAACAACAAUACAAUCAGAGACGGUUCAGGAAUACUGUGCCUGGUCCCAGGAGAAGAUCAGCUGCCACAUUAAAUGGAGUGAGCCCCUUAAAUCGCCAGGCAUCGACUCAGGAGGGCAACAAGAACAGCGAUGCUUUCGCCAAGAGCAGCAGCAGUGGGCAGCCGGAGGGACGGCAGCGGCCACCCCCAGGCCCCAAGAGGUUCAGAGCAGCUGCUACCAGCACCUGCGCCCCAGGGAAAAGGCCCUUUCUGCUAAACAGAGGACCAGCCUUCCAGCAGAAGCGGAUGCAGCAGCGGUUCUCCAAAGGCAACUUUCAGAAAGGGCAGAUGGAUGCUAAUGGAGAAAGGAAACCACCAAGGAUGAGAAGGUGGCAAGUGAAACCCAGCCCCGGAGCGGUUCUGACGGUUUCUGUGGCUAAUCCCCAGGCAGGCCAGACAGGCGCGCCAGGAUCCAAGCGCCCGUUCCUGCGAAGCCAGAGGCCCCCACCAUGGGCCACCAAGCCCCAGCCCAAAGGGGUGCUGCUGAGAUUCAACUUCCGCGCGAUGGCCAACCAGACCAGCCUGACGCUGGAUGAGAGGUUCUCUGGUCUGAGGAAUAAGAGGCGCUUUACAGCAGCCAGGAGCGCCGGCCGGACGGUCACCAUGCCUUAG